UUUGUUUUGUCAAACAACGACGAACAGCCGAUGAAAAGCUAGCCACCGAUCAUUAACUGGCAGCCGGGUCUGGCUCGUUUCCUUUCUCCUCUGAUAUUCCAAGUUUAUCAUAAUCACAGCUUUGUGUUUGAAAUAUCAACAUGCUGGGUGGUUCACUUUUAUCAGAUAAAACAACAGUAUGUGUAGAAGGAAACAUUGGCUGUGGCAAAACCACCAUGCUGAAACUCUUUAAAGACCAAGUGCCAGGUGUUGAAGUUCUAACAGAACCAGUUUGCAAAUGGCAAAAUGUUAGAGGCCACAAUACAUUGGGUUUGAUGUAUGAGGAUCCACAUCGAUGGAGUUUUGCUUUCCAAUCGUAUUUACAAUUAACCAUGUUGCAGAACCACACAUUUCCAUCAAAGCAACCAUUAAAACUGAUGGAGAGGUCAUUAUUCAGUGCUAGACAUGUGUUUGUUGAGAACCUUUACAGAAGCAAUAAAAUGUCAGAUGCUGAAUACGCCAUUAUCAAUGAAUGGUUUGACUGGAUCUUUGAAAAUAUGAAUCUCAAUGUCGACAGAAUUAUCUACCUUAGAACUUCACCACAGAAAUGCUAUGAAAGGAUAAAGAAGCGCUGCCGGAGUGAGGAAAACUGCAUCCCAUUGGAAUACUUACAGCAGAUCCAUAACUUGCACGAGGAAUGGUUGAUGGGAGGCUCGAAGUCUAAUCCUAAUUCCAAUGUCGUAGUGGUAGAUGCAGAUCAACCGUUAGAAGAAAUGGAGGAAAUUUACUUCAAAGAUGACGCUACUCUAUUACAUGUUGAACGUAUAAUUGAGGUGCAAUCUUGAUACAUCAAGCAUAACAAUUUGGGCAGAACAAGUAUUUUUUAUGACUCAUUUAUGAUUUAUUUUACUUAAAUACUUAAAAUGUGGGUUUGUACAUAAUUUUUAACUCAGGUUAAUUUUAAACAAAAAUGAUAGAUUGAUUUUCUGUCCUAAAAGCAAACAAAAUCUUAGAAAAUGGAUAAGUAUUUGGAAAAUUCAAAUCAGUACUGUACUUUUAUAAUUGUAACUGUAUAUGUUUGAAAUAUUGAUAAUAGGGCAUUGUACAUACUUAGUUUUAAAACUUUCUUAAAAUAUUUUUUAUACCAGUAAUUCAUUCUCUUUUAUGUAAACAUAAUAAUUACUAUACUUCUUUAAAAUAUACUGUUUGACAUGACUGUCCAGUUUUAAUCUCACUUUUUAUAAAAACAAAUUAUAUGAAAAAAAGGUUUUAAAAAAAGCAUUUGAUAAAAUGGUAAUUGUUAAUAUAAUCAGUGACCACAAUGGUCAUAUGAAAGACAAUUAGCAUAGAAUCCAGUGUAUUUAGUGUAAAAUAAAGGUAUACUGUAGUAGAAGAGUAUAUUAUUAAGCUACUCAAUGAUAAUUUGUAAGGAAAAGCAGUUAUAAUUACUCAAAGUAGUCUUUUAAUUCUCAUUCUACGUGAUGUGAAGCUUCUACACAUGAACACAGAAAACAGUUUCAAGAAUUCUGGUUCCAUUUUAUUGGAGUCAUGUCAGCAAUUGAUACAAUUAAAAAAAAACCCUAGUGACCUGCAAACAAGCUGACCAGCUGUCGUGAAUAUAACUGAACAAUAUUUGAAUUGCUAUUAAUUUACCUCAAAGAAAAAAAUAUUUCCCUGUCUUUACUUUAUUCUUUUGCAUAAAUAACAGUACCGGUUGGGGAGGAGGGCCCAACGAGAGUGUAAUUGGACAUGGUCAGGCAUUGCUCAAAAUCUCUUGAAAGUGAUUCAGGGGGUGAAGACUCAGAACUAUGAUAAUUUAAGGGUUUCAUAUGCUUAAUUAAUCUAUUUUAGGGUCUACUAAUUUGUAAAAAUUACAUAUAAUGUUUUUCUUCUUGACAAAUUGUUUUUUCUCCAAUAGGACCAUCCCUGUUUUGAACGAUCUAAAUGAUUUUUACUGAGACUAUACCUGUCAAGAAGUACCAUAUUUUAAUUAAACAUAACAUUUUUAUGCAUAGAUUCCCACAUCGACAACAACAAUUUUUAUUAUGACAGUAAGAUCAUUUUGGUGUAAUGUUUAUUUUAAAUUGUGAGUGAAAGAUUCGAAAACAGUGUUGGAUUUAGUGUACCUGUGACUGGUAUUGUAGUUUUGUUGUAGUUAUUAGUACAGUAUUUAUUGUAAAUAAAAUUUCCAAGAAUAAAAAAAAA